CUUUGUGCUGUGAAUGCGUAGUGCUCCACAUGCUUUCCACUCUCGCCUUUACAGAAACGCAAAGCCCAGAGAGAAAGAGCAAAAGAUCCAAAAGUCUAAUCUUUGUACGAAGUCUUCCAAUAUAAUCAUCCAUUCUUUUGAGUUUCAUUGUGCGCAUCUGCUCCUGGUGUUAGGAACUCGCCUAGUGCUUAAAGUGGAAAGGAAUUGAGAUCCAGGAAUUGUUUGUGGUGUUUCCCUCAUGAUUGGUAAAAAGGUUGUUUUUUUCCCUCUAUCUUUUGUUGUUUAUUUAGAGAAGGAUGCUAAUUUAUUGAAUGAUUAUGGUGUGAGAGAGUUGGUGGAAGAUUUGUGUGUUGGAAGUAUUAUUACAGCUCCAGUGAUCAUUUCUAUCUUUGAAGACAGUAUAGCUAAUAAAAAGGAAGAUAGAAGUAUUUAUGCUGUAGGGUUCUGUCAGUGUAUAUCCUCUUGCUAUGGCUGUAAUCCUCCUUCAAUAUGAUCUUUUGAGUUUCAUUAUGUGUUUGUUUGAAUUUGAGCAACUAGCAGGAUCAUAGUGUUGAAAGUUGAGGAGAAUUUGAGUUUUUAAUUGUCUUGUUUGGUUUAUAUAAGGUGUAUGAUGUUUUUGGAUUCAAAGGAAAGCUUGUGCAGUGUUUGCUGGUGAAAGGAAAUGAAUUGGGAUCUGUUAUGUGUUUGCUUGAAUUCAAGCAAGUGGUAGAUUAUGAUGUUGAAAAUUUAGGAAAAAUUAUGUCUUUGACUAAAAGUAGUAAUUUUUAUAUUGUGUAUGAUUGUGUUGUAUUAAUAGAGGAUGCUUGUGUUGUGCUUACAAGGAAAUGAGAUCUAGGAAUUGGUAGUUGAGUUUGAUUUCGGCUUGUCGUGUUCUCCUUUAGCUUGAAUGGGAAAAGAAAUUUUUUUGGCCUCUUGUUGUGUUAUGUAGGAUUGUCAUGGUGAGAGAGUGUUGGUGGAAUACAGUCUGGAAACUUUAGCAAUUCCAGUGUCAUUUAUCGAUAAACAUAGUAUCUCAAUCAAUAAAAGGAAGUAAUGCGGUGAAAUUCGGUUUGGAAGUUGUUAUGUGUUUGUUUGAACUCAAGCAAACAGUAGGACUAUGAUGCUGUAUGUGUAGGUAUAAAAUAUGUGUCUUCGAUUAAAGUUGCGAUUUCUUGAAGGCAUAUGAUACUAUUGAAUUAUUAGAAGAUGAUUACGUAGUGCUUACAAUGGCUAGGAAAUAAGAUCCAAGAAUUAUUACUUUGGUUUGAUUUGGACUUGAAAUGCUUUCGUUUUAACUUCUUUUUCCAGGUAACUUUUGUUUGUGGUAUAUGCAGAAGGUUUGUUCUGUGAUGGUCAGUUAUAUGCUUAUGUCUGAGCAUAUGGAACACUUAAUUAACUUGUAUGCCUUUUGCUACAAGAAGUUCUAUUUGGUGGUUUUGUUAUCAACUGGUGAUUAUGAUCCAUGUGAAGGAUGAUAUGGGAAUUCAUUCAUGCACUAAGGAUUUAUUGUCCUGAAAUAGUUGGCUGAAGGGCUUGUGGAGCAGUCCCGAAAUAUUUCGCAUACAGUUUCAUGCUUAUCGAUUGUGCCAUCUUAUGCAAUUAGGUGUAAAUUCAAUUUAAAAUCAGAUGCAGCUCUACCACCAUCCAUACUCAAUGGACAGUCAGAAAGUCCGGUUAGCACUGGAAGAGAGGGGCAUUGAUUACACAUCAUACCAUGUCAAUCCUCUCACCGGAAAGAACAUGGAAGUUUCAUUCUUUCGCAUGAAUCCAUCUGCCAAAAUUCCGGUCUUCAAAAAUGGGUCUCACAUUAUUUAUCGAACCAUCGACAUCAUUCAGUAUAUUGACCGACUCGCCGUCUCUUUAAGCGGUGAAGUUAAUGUGUCCGGUGUGGAAAAGGUCAUCGAAUGGAUGCAGAAAGUUGAUGGCUGGAAUCCGAAAAUGUUUACCCUCUCUCACAUUCCAGACAAGUAUCGAAAUUUUGUCUCCAGAUUCAUUAGGCGGGUGAUUAUUGCUCGAAUGGCCGAAUCUCCUGAACUUGCCAGUAACUAUCAUGAGAAACUCCGAGAUGCCUACGAGACAGAGGACAAAAUGAGGGACCUUGACACCGUGCAAGAGAGUGAGGAAAAACUUAUCAGGCUUCUCGAUGAUGCAGAGAUGCAACUGGAGGAGACAAGAUACAUUGCCGGUGACGAGUUCACUCUGGCUGAUACAAUGUUUGUGCCAGUGCUGGUGAGGAUAACACUACUGAACCUCGAAGAGGAGUACAUCAAUUGCCGGCCAAAGGUAAUGGAGUAUUAUCAAUUGGUGAAGCACAGAAAUAGCUACAAGGUAGUGAUCGGAAAGUAUUUCUCAGGAUGGAGAAAACAUCGAACUAUCCUGAAGACCUUGUGCUUUAUUUGUAUACGGAGCUUAUUCAGAGCUUACUGAAAUUUCGGAUCGAGUUCUCAAAUGUGAUUGGAAUAUGUUGGCUCGUCAAGACUUUGAGCUCCUCCUACUUUUUUGCCAAUGGAAGGAAGCGAUAAAAAUAGCAUUCGAUCGAGUACGUCAUGCCGAUCUUUCGAUCUCUCAUUGUGCAUCUUACUUAUCUGCAAUGCUUAUGUUUGUGUGAAUUACAUUAUGUUGUUCAGAAUCUGAAUAAUUAUUGAGCCUUGUAAAGUUGAUUAUUUGUUAUAAUUCUUGAAUUUGGUGAGAAAUUUUGUUGUUCAAAACAUUGUUGUUGCCAAAGUUUGGAUGAUAAAUACAU